AUGCAGUCGGCGGUUCUUCUCUUGAAGCUCCUCAAUGUCCCACAAUCCGUCAUUCACCUCGCCAUGGGUACGAACCACAAGGCGUUGGAGGACUUGGACAAGAGACUUUGCAAGCUUCGGAAAGACGUCGUUGAAAAGGAGGAGAAGAACAUCGUUUUUGGCAACCAAAAAACGUGGGUGGACAUUGAGGCCGACGAGGCGACUUUCGACAAGAGGGACAUCUCCCAGGAUCCUGCCUUGCAACACUUGGUCGUCAAAAAGAACGAAACCAUCAUGUGGGAGCAGUGGGGGGGUGUCAUUCAGCGUGGCCGUCCUCGUACGUUGGUCCUGCGGAAGUUGGUCCCCAAGCUUACGGUCAAAAGGGCACCAGGGCCAGGUGCCAUCCGUAAAACAGAGUGGAGCAGCAUCGCGAACGAGCUUCUCUUGGAUCGCAAGGUCAUCCUUCACACCGACUCAGCGAAAAGUUACAAAACGAAAGUUCGGGGAGUUUUGCACGACAAAGUGGUCCAUUGCAAGAAGCGGGUCAAGGUGAAUGGCAAGUUCAAGUGGUUGAACCCCAAAUAUGUCGGCGUGGUGACCCACAAGAUCCCUGGUACUCAGAAGACACUGAAAGUGAAAUCUGGAACUCAAAUAAUUGAUAGGGUUUGGAGCUUUCUUAAGGAUCGCAUCGCAAUGAACCAGCACUGCAAAGCAGGAUCGUCGUUGUUGCGAGGCAAACUCCGCUCGGCGCAGUACGAGUAUUGGUUCAAGAACCAAGACCUCUGGCUCGCCUGCGGUGACUUGUGCACAGAGAACCUGCGCAAGUUUUAUAAGUAA